AUGGUCAGGAUAUCGGGUUACCUUGGAGAGACAGAAGCAUGGAAGCAGAGAGUUGACACAAUAAACCAGCGAGUGAAACAGGUCCAGGAUACUAAUUACGGUUUAGUGGAACAAUCAAGUCAAUUGCCAGAUCUAACCAAUCAAGUUAAACAAUUGGAAAGCGUAAUGGACAAGUGGAGCGAGGCUAGACAAACAUCGAAACAUCUGACUGCACGUUAUCGGUCUCUGGCCUCCGAACUCGAGGAUCAGAUCGACGCUCUGAGACCACAGUCGACUCAGCUCCGUGAGGCACUUGAAGCUCGCCUGAACCAGCGCGCUCUGAUAGACCCAAUGCUGAAGCAACUGCGUGUUUUGGCCAACCAGACUGCAUUGGCUCAGAACAUCAGUUGGCAGGCCUACCGAGAGGCACAAGAGCGUAUGGGAAAGUUUAAUAGUAAGUGGUUGACUUGGUGA